GAGCCGCUCCAUAGUGGUGUAGAGUUCGUGGCGACAACAUCGCGGCGCGGUGGCGUCCAUGCGACACCUCGAAACGAGACCAAGACGCGACCAAACAAUUGGAAGUCGAACCAAUCGGUGUGUCGUUCGAUUAUGAGAUCUCCCUUGAGUCGCGAAGCAUUCCCUCCGAAGGAAGUGCGGACACCGCGUCGGCGCGAGUGUUCGAAAUAAGAAGCCCGGCAGGACGCCGCGCCGGCGCCGCGACGUCGGUUCUCCCCUGAUCUGCGAUCGGCCCGAAGAACUCCGCACGGGAUGACCACUGCGGGGCUGGAGGUACGAGAAGCCGGCCGGGCGUUGCGCGUUCAGACCGAGGCUCCGCAUCUCGUCUCCAUGGGCAGCGGACGGCUGUCGACCGCGGUUACGUUGCAUCCCCUGCCGGAAGGAAGAGUCACCGUGGGGUCGAUCAGAGAUGCAGAGAUCCCGGUGUCGGGGACCGGCGUCGAGCCCAUUCAUUGCGUGAUCGAGAACAAUAGCGGAGUGGUCACUCUUCGUCCCAUAAAUGGCAGCACGUCCGUCGACGGGGUGCCGAUCGGCUCGCCAGUGAGACUCGCUCAAGGUUGCAUGCUGUCCAUAGGGCGGUCGAACUACAUGCGCUUCAACCACCCGGCAGAGGCGAAGCAGCUCAGGUCGGUGCUCCCGAAUUCCCGGAUCUCGAUGGCGCCGAUCAGCUUCGCCGCAACGGAGGGCUCGGACGACGCCGCGGAGCGGCACCUGGAGCGGAAGCCACCCGUGGCGCCGCGUAAGUCGCCGAGGAACUCGUGCUCCGACGACGAGGGCUUCCUGGGGAAACUGACCAAAUUCGAGAUGCUGGCCCGCCAGAGCAGGAACUGCGUGUCGCCGAAGGUAUUCCCGGCAGGCGGGGUGACGACCAGCGUCCCUGCGGACCAGAUCCUGGGCCGCUCGAGGUCGUCCUCGAGUCUGGCAUCGCUUCGAAGCGGAGGUCCGCCGCGGAGUCCGGCAAACUUCGAGAGGAGUGCGGCAAAUUCGGAGAGGAGUGCGGCAAACUCCGAGAGGAGUCCGGCAACCUCUGAGCGGAACCUCGGUCGUGGUGGGCACUUCCGCGCUCCAGGGCCGACCGAGACCGACUGCCACCGCGAGGCCAGCGACGAGGAUUCCGAGAUCGGCGACCGGCCAAGCCGCGCCCGGUUGCGGGCCGUGAAGCGGGAAGAGAUCGACCCGGAGGCGAGCUCGCCCAGUCGGGCUUCGAACCCUGACCUACGUGGCCGAAGCGCGCAGAGCUUUGGGUCGAGCCCGGCAUCGCUUCGAGGCGGAGGCUCGCCGUGCAGCCCGGCGCACUCCGAGCGAAGCCUUGGCCGCUCGGGGUACGCCCGCGCUCCAGGGCCGGCUGAGGCCGACUACUGCCGAGAGGCCAGCGACGAGGACUCCGAGAUCGGCGAUCGGCCGAGCCGCGCCUCCAAUCCCGACCUGCGCGGCCGAAGUGCGCAGGGGUCCGGGUCGAGCCCCCCUGCCCGCAGGCUGCAGCCCCCCAGCCCGAUGUUCAACCGGAAUCCGGAGUACUGCGAGCGGAGGCGCUGGUGGUGCGCGGCGGGCCCGGGGGGCGGCCGCUCCCUCGAGGAACUGCGCGAGCGGCAGGUGGACGCGGAGAAGAAGAGACAGGAGGCCGAGCGGAGGCGCGAGCGCGCCCAGGAAGACAGACUCCGUGAGCAGGAGGUCGAGAGGCGAGAGAAGUCCAGGCUCGAGGAGAUCCUCGCCAUGUGCGCCGAGUACGAGAGGCGGAGUCUCGCCGACAAGCCGCGGCAGCCGAACAGGAUAAAGACGAACGGGUCGCUGCCGCGAGACAAGAGACCGGGCUACAAUUCCCCCUUCGACAGUCCCAAGAGCCCGUCGAAGAGCCAGCCGCACUUCUCCUUCGAGUCCUCGAGGCAGACCUCGCCGGCGGCGGCCUACGAGAACGUGGCUUUCCAGAACUGCCGGCCGAUGAGGAACGGCGAUGCGUCCAACGACGAGCGAGCCAAGUCGGUCAACGUCGACGACGACUCGGCGAGUCAUCGAGAAUGCCUCCAGACGACGACUCCGGAUAAUAGCAAUCGGUCGCCAGGAUGGCCCAGCACUUGCCAGGGCAAAGACACCGGAAACGGAGGCAUUCGCGAGGGCGAACGCGGCUUCUCGGGUUCGCUUUCUCGAUCUCGCACUCCGAACUACGAAAACGUCGUCCCGAGGCGGAGCAACGACUCUCCGCGCUCCUCGACGAUCGAGCGAACCGCGUUCGGGAAGAUUCAACUGAACGGUACGAGAAUCGCCGUCCACGACUCAGGUCGGAAUUACGAGAACUUCGUGCCGCUCAACGGCAACGCCGAUAGUGCCUAUGAAAACGUCACGGUGACGAAUGGGAAAGCGACGAACAACAAGGAUGGCCGAGCGAGCCUCAAGAGAAACGGUCAGCUGUCCAAUUCUUGCGAGGUAAUUGAGAACAAGCUGGCUAUAUCGAAUGACGAUCUGUUGGAGGCGAUCGAGCAGUUGUCUAUGCUUUCCAAGUCGAAAGACAUAUGCACAACGCCCAAGAGGAACAACUCCGAGAGAGACAACGCGAAGUCGAACGAGGCCAAGGCGGACAAGGAGAGGAAGGAAUUGGAGGAGGAAGAUCGGAGGAAGUACAUCGGGUUUCUGAGAAACGAGAAGAUUCACAUCCUCGGCAAUAUGGACGCCCUCAAGAGGAGCGUCGCGGAUAUCGAGAUUCAGGAGGAGGAUAUUAAUCGGGAGUUUGAAUUGGAGAAAGCUUUGUUAUCGGCCGAAUACGAGUCCGAGUCGCUGAAGCUCACGCAGGACGAGAGCGAGAAAAUCAGAGUGCAGGUCAGAAUCAACGAGCUCGAGAAGGAAAUGACCGAAAACAACGCGACACAGGCAAAUCUGCAAUCCGAGGCGAAGCAACGCGUGCAAAAAGCUCAACAGGCUUGCAAUUGUCUAGAGGAAGAACUGUCGAAUUGUAUGGACGAGAUGGUCCAGCAGGAACUUGUAGAAAAAUUGCGCAUUCAGCAGGAUGUACUAGAAUCCGAAAGGAAGGCCUUUGAGGACCUGGAGUUUCAUCAUUUAGAGGAGGAAGCAAGCAAACUGGCCACCAGGGAGGAACUGCAAAGAUAUUUAAGCGAACUCUCCGCCCGGAUCGAAGCGAGGAAAUCUCAACUGAAUCACUUAGAUUCGCAACGAAACGAGGCUAAGACUACGGCGACUAAAGACACGAGAAGCUUAGAAAGACAAAAAUUAGGACAUAUGCGAAGACUAGAAGAAGGUCGCAAUAGAAUACGAGCGAUCGACGACGAGCUUGAAAACUUGGCACAAAAUUCACACGACAACUCGGACGAAAAACGAUCGCCAAGUAGGGAAGACUUCGACAGGAUUUCUCGAGUUACCACCGAUUCUCCGAUCGUAAAUACCCAAGGCAGCUUAGGAAGGAAGACCAUCGAAUCCCUCAAGGAAAUCGAGAGAAAUCGGCAGCUCCAUUUAGCAAAGCAAGGAAGCCAAGUAAUUUCAGAAGAAAGACGAAGAGUAGAAGAACUGAAAAGAAGAGUGCAGGACGAGGUGCGCUCCCAGUGGGAGGAAAGGAAAAUGAAUUGCGCGUCCUUCAACAGUGUCGAAUCUGGCGAAGAGUCUUCGAGCUAUUCCACUGGUCCUACGGAAAGCGGCAGCGGAAGCAGCGACGGCGUGGACGGCGGUGCCAGCGAGAAACUGUCGCCGAGCAAACUCUCGGAGUUCACGUCCUCCAGCCCGGGACCGUCGAACAACUCCUACUCCCUGCUGCAAAACGACAGCGCGAGAGACGAUGCGAGGACUUCCAUGGAAGGCGAGAGACUCAGCAGCACCAGCGGGGGCGUCGCCGAUGGAAACGGAAGUCGACCCCUUUCUCAGACCUCCAGUGAAAUGGACACCAUAGGACCUCUGCAAACUAUAAAGCGCCGAGAAAAGACGAAGCUGCAGAGACCACUCACGAGAUAUCUUCCGAUCAAAUCCGAGUCCUUGGACCUGAGGAACCACAUCGAGACCGCGGGUCACCAGUUGCAACUAAUCCACGACGUCUCCGUGGACGCGAUCAGCUGUUGCGGCUAUUUGUCAAAGAUGAGCAAAAAGUUCCACCACUGGAACAAGCGGUGGUUCGUUUUCGAUCGGAAGAGGAAAACGCUGGCGUACUACAGCGACAAUACCACGAGAAAAGCCCGUGGCGUGAUAUAUUUCCAGUCGAUCGAGGAAGUCUACGUCGACCACAUGAAUACUGUCCGCUCGCCGCAACCAUCGCUGACGUUUAUUAUCAAGACCUCGUCACGACUUUAUCAUCUCAUGGCACCCAGUCCAGAAACCAUGAGAGUCUGGGUGGACGUCGUUUUCACGGGAGCCGAAGGGUACCAUGAGUUCGAGCAUGGUGUCUGAUGGCGAGCAAGUGCCUGCUCCUCCUGGACCGAGUCAUCCUUAAACCGAUCGAUCGAUUCGCUCGAGUAGAAUCUUCCCAGUCUGCUGAAAGCGAACUUGUUGAGCUCGGAAGGACGUUCGAAGGAAGUCAAAGCUGCCACUCUAUUUUUAACGUUACGUCAAUAAUUCCCGGGUGCCUUUGCAGUACGUCAGUGCGUCUUAUCAGGGAGGGAUGAUGGCACUUUAACUCGGUCUCAUUUACGGAAUCCAAGCUAAUUUCGAGUAAUCGAGGAUCCACGCAUUUUGGAAUAUUUACUCCGAUUGAAAAUUGAACGAUAAUCAGUUGAUUUAAUUCCCCGUUCUCGAAAUGGUCGUCGUUUCGAUGAACGAGGAUUCUUUUACGUUCAGUGCCAACGCGUAUGCAGGAUGGGGCAUUAUAUCGCAACUUUAAUCAAGUAUUACAUUCAUUGAUACGCCGCCUAAUCGUAUUUCGUAAUAUUUAAUUGUGCAAAAGUUAAUACAAUCCGUUAGAUUUUAGAUGUUUCUAAUCUAGUCUUCCAGUAUAGGUGAACGAGGUAACCGAAAAGAUCGCCGAGACCUCGUACUUGAAGAUGUUUCAGGGCGAAAACGGUGCAUUCUGGAAUGAACCAGAGCGUUAAAUUGUCGAGGGUAACUGUAAAUACUGCACGUAAGUAUCACGUACAGAAAAGACCUCCCGACGCGUAUUCAUACAACUACUUUGUACGACGUUUCUAUUUUCACAUAAGACAGUACUCGAAGUACGACUUUGCUUAUAAAAUUAUGUUUUAAGAGCCUUCGCAGCAUGGUGCCCAAGCAUUUCAAGUGAUUCAAAUUUAUGUUGAGGGACUUUUCGAUAAAUCCGACAGUGGGUUUGAAUUUGCUAACAGCAUAAGGACGUACUUAAUGCGACGUGAAUGAAAUUAAUUUAAGCUAAAUUACUUGCAUGGACACGAUUACGAGAUACGGAUGCGGUGCACAUGAAGAAUGGUGCAUCGGGUUUACUGCAACUAUAUGGAAAAAAAGGAACUAAUCGAUUAAGCCUCCGCGCAUGAUUAUAUCAUAGUGGUACGAUUACCGACAAUAAUGACAUAACUAUUCUUUUAUACGUGUGACUUGUAUAACGGACAUUUUCUCACACGGCGUAUACCUAAUAUAUUUUUUGACGUAUUUACAAAAAUCACUGGAUCGAUUAUGUACGAAGAUUAAAUAACGUGCCUGCGUAUUUCAUCUCGAAGCCAAGCGCUCGUCUUUUGGCGGAAUCCAACGAUGAAUGCAUAAAAUGACUCUUCUUGCCUUAUUAUUCUAAUCGGAACUAAGAGGUAUCGACUGUUAAUUAUAAAGUCACUCGACUAAUCAUCUCGUUCAAGCAGAUUAUAUAGCCCAUGAAUAUAUAGGUCCUCGACAUUAAAUAAGAACAUGCCAAUGUUAAAUAUACCGAUGAUCUUGAUAUCCGUUAGUUACGAUUUUCGACUUAUGUAUGAAAUAUUAAAUCCGUUGUAUACAUCAAGAAAAUAUUGCUUAA